AUGACAGGAAACAAAUUUAAGAUAGAAACCACAUCCCAAAGGAUUUCCACUCCACCCCAGCACCAGGCUCGAAAGACCUACCCCAUCCAGCUAGUACGUCGCCAUUUCCUCCAACAUGCGGUCCUUUGGACAAGCUUUCCUAGUCCAGUCGCCUGCAACAAGGCCGACCAUUUACAAUUUACUAACCACAAGGUUGCCAGCGGCCCGGAAUGUCGCCCACCCGUAUCCCAAGGCGCCAUGAUUUCAAUCGCCAAAGCAGUCCUACAUCAUCUGGUUUGGCAGAGCUUGUCCACCAGAUCCCUGACGACGUUGCGAUUCCGCAGAAGACGUGUCGCUGCCAGCCGCUCUAGCCGCGCCAGCCCACCUCACAUUCAAGCGGCUAUUUUCAAUCCGAUGGUCAACCUCCCAACCCCCUUCUCCAUCAACGAAAUUCUACUUACGCUGAUGACAAAGGUCCAUAUCCACCCCGUCUCAUUAAUCGUAGCCAAUGAGACCAUGUCCAUGGUACACAUUGACGUAACUCCUCUCAGGAGGUCUGGAGAACAUGAGGUCACCAUCGCGCAUGAAGAGCUGCAUAUCUCCUUGCCCGUAAGUAUCGUAGAGUUUCAAGUCCGCAAUACCUUGAUUCAUCAUUGCAUUUUGGGUGCCGUUAAAGAUGUUCGGCAUAAUGCUUUGCUCAUUGCGCGCGAUGCGGGGUGUUGGAUGCCGCUCGGUGUAGGUGUGGAGAACUUGUUAAGUCUUGUGAGCUUUGAUCCCGUGGAUGAAGUCUCAGGCUCUCUGCGUCUUCUUGGCAAUUUCUUUCACGUCCGCGAAUACUUCACUCUCAACUUGAUAGCAAAACUCAUGACUGCUACGAUAUACAACGUUUCUAAUAUGAUGGCUACCUCCCAGCAAACGCGCAAUGCCCAGGUCAUCGUACGUUUGUCAAUCAAAUUUCAUUCGACGAUGCUUACUCCACAGUCAUACAUCAGUCAUUGCGGAAUUCAUGUGCUUUUGUCGCUAUAUAUCGUCUCCUCUGAGGCCAUGAACUGCGAAGAAACUUUCAAUUCAGAUUUCUCGUACCCAAACAUUGAUUAUCAAAAUCCGUUUGCCGACAGCCUUGUUCUUUUCUCAUGUACGCAUCAACCCCCAACAUCACCUACCCUCACAAAUCCUUGCUUUGCACUAGCAAGAUAUUUCUCUUAA